AUGGCUCUACCAAACUUAGGAAAUACUCAAAAAUGACUUCAAAUCAUACUACCGUGAUGCUGAAAACGACAAAGUCCAGCGUUCCGAGGAGACGGACUGGAUGCCAAACCUGCCGGUCAGUGCAGUCGUCUUGGGCAGAACCUCGAUGCAACUAACAUUUUCGACAAUCACUCCGCACAAAGAGAGACUUCCAAGGCUGCCGCCUCCCAUUCCCCUGUUAUCCAUCACCAGCUACUCGAUCCCCUUCAAAGUCCCUGGGAGCCAAAGAGACCGUCAACUGCUCCACUACUUUUGUGUUCAAGGAGCGUCGGAGAUUUCGGGGUUUCUCACCUCCGACUUCUGGUCCGAGAUUGUUCUUCGAGAGAGUCAUCAAGACUCAGCAUUACGACAAGCACUUGUUGCCAUGAGUUCACUGCAUUUAGAUUACAUCACUUUAGAUUCAGUGAACAGCCAAGCUGCAAGUGUUGAGACAUUGGAUAAUUAUGGCAAAGCCAUUCGUACAAUAAGGAGGAGACUUGCCCAGCCAUCGCCUGAUACAACCAAAGUUGCACUCAUUUGCUGCAUCAUAUUUUAUUGCUGCGAGAGUACUCUAGGAAAUCCGGGUUCAGCUCAACAGCAUCUAAACAACGGCCUUGAACUCUUGAAGUCUAUUUCGAGACACCCAGAGGAAAUGGGAAAAAAUGAGGUCAAGGAAUUGAAGACAAUUUUUGAGCGACUCGAUAUGCAAGCUAGCUUUUUUCAAGAUGACCGGGUACCAACUCUUAGUUUAUCGGACUGGGAAACACACAAAGCAGACUAUGAUGCCCUGGUACCGGAGUUUUGUUUCUCUACGCUACAAGAGGCCAACGAGAGUCUUGUCAAGCUUCAGUCGUGGCUCUACAGCUUCGUCAACAAGAAUGCCGAUAUCCACGAUGCAGGCAUUGACCUCUUGAGUUCAAAUGUGCUAGACGAGAAAGCCGCGUUGGUUACAGCAUACAGUUCCUGGAGAUACGCAUUCGAGAAUUCUCAACUCAUGGAGAAAUACGAUGAUCACACCACGUACGGUCACAGAUUCCUGCUUGUUCAUUUUUGCAUCUGCCAGAUGAUAGUGGAAUCCAAGUUCCCGGUCAACGAAGAAGUAUUUGGAGCGUCGCCAAAUCCAGCUGCGCAUCAAAUCUUAGACCUGGCAGAAACACUGCUUGACUAUACGGCUAAGCUGAAUUCUUCUCCGAGCGCAACCCAAACUCCUCGUCGAAACUUUUCGUUGGAAAGCGGUGUUGUUGCUCCGCUAUUCGCGUUGGCUCUCAAGUGCUCAGAUGAGUCAGUAGUUACAAGAGCCGCACACAUGCUUUCCGUCUCGCAGAGAAGGGAAGGUUUGUAUGAUGCCCAGACCAUGGCAAUGAUUCUCACUCAUCUGAGGAGAUCAAGAGAGAAGGAGAAGAAAGUGGACGCUGAGAUUGAAGGCAUCAAUAUCGCUACCGAUGCCCUGGAGUAUCAUAUACCAGGCGGCUAUGAGGGUGGUGGAAUAGAUAAGCUACUCGCCUCGAUGAGUAUAUCAUAA